UGUAGAGGCGGCAGCGGCUGGGAGAAAGCCCAUUGACAGCUUUCCGAAGGCCUGGGAGUUGGCUGGACGAAAGCGCGGUCCGCGCCCAGAGAUUCUAGUUCCCUUGCGGUGAGCGGUACUGGCUUCCCCGACAUGCUCGGGCAACUGCGGAGUGUGAUUGACUGCGGGCGCGGGGCCUAGGGAUGAUCUUCCCGGUCACCCGAUACGUGUUCCGUUGGCUGCGACAGUCUACAUGCCGUGACUUGUCCCGCUCCGCCAUGGAAGUUGCCUUCCGAGGCGUGCGGAAAGUCCUCUGUGUGGCCGAGAAAAAUGACGCGGCCAAGGGUAUCGCGGACCUGCUGUCCAACGGUCGCAUGAGGCGGAGAGAAGGACUUUCUAAAUUCAACAAGAUCUAUGAAUUUGACUAUCAUCUCUAUGGACAGAGUGUUACCAUGGUGAUGACUUCAGUUUCUGGGCAUUUACUGGCUCAUGAUUUCCAGAUGCAGUUUCGAAAAUGGCAGAGCUGCAACCCCCUAGUCCUCUUUGAAGCUGAAAUUGAAAAGUACUGCCCAGAGAAUUUUAUAGACAUCAAGAAAACUCUAGAACGAGAAACGCGGCAGUGUCAGGCCUUAGUGAUCUGGACUGACUGUGACAGAGAAGGUGAAAACAUUGGGUUUGAGAUUAUCCAUGUGUGCAAGGCUGUGAAGCCUGGUCUACAAGUGUUGAGAGCCCGUUUUUCUGAGAUCACACCACGUGCUGUCAGGACAGCCUGUGAAAACCUGACUGAGCCUGAUCAAAGAGUCAGUGAUGCUGUGGAUGUGAGGCAGGAGCUGGACCUAAGGAUCGGAGCUGCCUUCACUAGAUUCCAGACCCUGCGGCUUCAGAAGAUUUUUCCUGAGGUGCUGGCAGAGCAGCUCAUUAGCUAUGGCAGCUGCCAGUUCCCGACACUGGGGUUCGUGGUAGAAAGGUUCAAAGCCAUUCAGGCUUUUGUGCCAGAAAUCUUCCACAGGAUUAAAGUAACUCAUGAUCACAAAGAUGGUACCGUAGAAUUCAACUGGAAAAGACAUCGUCUGUUUAAUCACACAGCUUGUCUUGUCCUCUAUCAAUUAUGUAUGGAGGAUCCCCUGGCAACUGUGGUGGAGAUCAGGUCUAAGCCAAAGAGCAAGUGGAGGCCUCAAGCAUUGGACACUGUGGAGCUGGAGAAGCUGGCUUCUCGCAAGUUGAAAAUAAAUGCUAAGGAAACCAUGAGGAUUGCUGAAAAGCUCUACACUCAAGGGUACAUCAGCUAUCCCCGAACAGAAACAAAUAUUUUCCCCAAAGACCUAAACUUGAUGGCACUGGUGGAACAGCAGACCCCAGAUCCACACUGGGGGGCCUUUGCCCAGAGCAUUCUCGAGCGGGGUGGCCCCACCCCACGCAACGGAAACAAGUCUGAUCAAGCUCACCCUCCCAUCCAUCCCACCAAGUACACCAGCAACUUACAGGGAGAUGAACGGCGACUAUAUGAGUUCAUCGUCCGUCAUUUUCUAGCCUGCUGUUCCCAAGAUGCUCAGGGGCAAGAGACUACUGUGGAGAUUGACAUUGCUCAGGAACGCUUUGUGGCCCAUGGUCUCAUGAUUCUGGCCCGAAACUACCUGGACGUGUAUCCCUAUGAUCACUGGAGUGACAAGCUCCUCCCUGUCUAUGAGCAAGGCUCUCGCUUCCAGCCCAGCACUGUGGAAAUGGUGGAUGGGGAGACCAGCCCACCACAACUGCUCACUGAGGCUGACCUCAUCGCCCUCAUGGAGAAGCAUGGCAUUGGUACUGAUGCAACUCACGCAGAGCACAUCGAGACCAUCAAAGCUCGGAUGUAUGUUGGGCUCACCUCAGACAAGCGGUUUCUCCCAGGGCACCUGGGCAUGGGACUUGUGGAAGGUUACGAUUCUAUGGGCUAUGAAAUGUCCAAGCCAGACCUCCGGGCCGAGCUGGAAGCUGAUCUGAAGCUGAUCUGUGAGGGAAAGAAGGACAAAUUUGUGGUUCUAAGGCAGCAGGUGCAGAAAUACAAGCAGGUUUUCAUUGAAGCAGUGGCUAAGGCAAAGAAAUUGGAUGAGGCCUUGUCCCAAUACUUUGGGGAAGGGGCAGAAGUGGCCCAGCAAGAAGAGAUCUACCCAGCCAUGCCAGAGCCCAUCCAGAAGUGCCCACAGUGCAACAGGGACAUGGUCCUCAAGACCAAGAAGAGUGGCGGGUUCUACCUCAGCUGCACGGGUUUCCCAGAGUGUCGAUCAGCUAUAUGGUUUCCUGACUCUGUGCUAGAGGCUAGCAGAGACGGGAGUGUAUGUUCAGUUUGUCAGCCACCCCCUGUGUACAGGUUGAAGUUAAAGUUCAAGCGUGGCAGUCUUCCCCCAACCAUGCCCCUUGAGUUUGUUGGCUGUAUUGGUGGAUGUGAUGAAACCCUAAAGGAGAUCAUGGGCCUGAGAUUUUCACGGGGGCCCCCCAGAGCUAGCCAGCCUGCCAGCCAGCCCUCUGGCUACCUGCAGGCAAGCCAGUCCCUGAACAGGAUGGACGCCAGCCAGCACAGCCAGCCGCAGCCUCCUGCCAGCAGACAGACUAUAACCUCAAAGGCUCUAAUCCAGACUCUCCCACCACCUGCAGCAACAGGUGAAAACAACUCCAUUACCUGCAACUGCGGCCAAGAAGCUGUGCUGCUCACUGUCCGAAAGGAGGGCCCCAAUCGAGGCCGGCAAUUCUAUAAAUGCAGCAGCAACAGCUGCAACUUCUUCCUGUGGGCUGACAGCAGCCAUGUUGGAGAAGGAGAGGCUCCUACCUCUAGUUCAAGGCCCCCAGGCAGCUCACUGGGACGCCCACCAGGCUCACUGGGUGGGUUCAGCAGACCCGGCAGUGGCAGUGGCAGUGACACUGGCAGUGGCGGCAAUGGCAACACAUCCUGCCUAUGCAACCAGCCUGCUGUCACACGGACUGUGCAAAAGGAUGGACCCAACAAAGGACGCCAGUUCCAUACAUGUGCCAAGCCAAGAGAACAGCAAUGUGGCUUCUUUCAGUGGACUGAUGAGAAUGUGGCCCCAGGGGAGGCAGGGACUUUUGCAGCACUACCCUGGCCAAGAGGCAGAGGAAGAACGCAGGGAUCAGAAGCUAGGAGCAGAAGACCCCGAGCUGGCUCCUCAGACACAGGGUCCACGGCAAAGAGACCCCGGAAAUGCAGUCUUUGCCAUCAGCCAGGACACACCCGGCCUUUCUGUCCUCAGAACAGAUGAGGGCAGGACAGGAGCUCCAACAGCUUACAUGAUUGGUUCCCUGCCAUCUCCUGGAGAAGAGGAAGCCUGACUCUAUACACAGCCUUUGGUGACCCACCCCACAGACAGCUGAGAAAAUAAGGGCAAACAAACCCCACAAGUGUAGUGAUCAAAGCAAUUACCUAUCCCUGGUAUGCACUGAUCUUGGAGCAGCUGGAAUUAAAAAUAAGUGGUGCCCAGCAGGACUGGGGCCUGUAACUUUGCCAGGUAAAGACCAUACUGUCCUCUGCAGUAAAUUCACCUGCCAUUCCUCUCAUGUCUGUUGUAGCCAAAUUCAAAUGCUCAGGUUCUACUGUACUGUACUGUUUAGCAGCCAGGUUUCCUGGACUAGAAUCUUGCUCACCACUUCCUGUUAGCCAUUCAUAUCAGGGGCAGACUGCACCCACCCUUACCUCAGACGCCAGUGUCUAUGCUAGGAGGUGGUGUUCCAUCUCGCGUGCACUAGACCUGAAAAGUUCCUUCCAAAAUCCGUGCAAGCCAGGGAGUCUGUGUUUCUGGCCUUCCUGCUAACUGGGCUCUUGUUCUCUCCAGAUGAGCAGUGCAGAGAGGAUCUACAGUAGGUCACCAAAGUCCUGAGUGUUGCCAUUCAGUACAUGCUGGGCCUUAGCUUCCUCAACAAAUUAAUUUUUUUGUCUGCAUUUUUCAGAUUACAAAGGAAAAGUAUAGUCAAAAAAAUGGAAAUGGUACAAACAUGUACCAGUCUGAAGGCUCCUGUGUUUGUUUUUUGUUGUUUUUUAUUUGGCAGAGUGGGUACUGGGAAUCAAACCUAGGGAUUCAUGCACACUAGGAAAGCGCUCUACAACUGAGCUGUAUCCCCACCCUGAAGGUCUUGUUUUACAAAUAAACAGGUAAAAAGUGU